GUACCCCUCUGAAGUGAGCCAGAUCUAGUCCUUUGGGAGAGGGAGGGAGGGGGGGAGUGUGAUGUGGGGCGGCUCCUCUCCUCCUCCCUCCUCCUCCUCCUCCUCCCCCUCCUCCUCCUCCCAGUCCGCCCAGCGGUGGACUCCGUCAUUCUUCCUCCUCGUCCCUCACUUGUUGGAUGUGUCAGGUUGAAUCUCUGGGUCCCCGAGCUUCCUGCUGGUUGUUUGCCCUUUUGGAGUCCAGAGAAGACCCAUCUCUCUCGCGCGUGAAGGUGAAAGCGUCUUUACGGGUUGCACGCGCGUAAAGGCACUUUCCCUGAAUCCUCGUCCUGCUCGUCGUGUUUGUUUGAGUAUCGUGACUAUGCUACACGUUCUCGGUGUCUGCUGGUCUACGUCCCCGUCCCUCUGACCUCCAGUCUGCGGGUCCACACGGAGAGGGGGUUUGGUUUUCUUUGCGGUGCUGUGCGCCCUGGACUCUGGACUCUCUGGACUCUCUGGACUCUGGACUCUCUGGACUCUCAUCCUUGGAGAAGUUCCGCAGCAGUCCGUCCCAUGCACCUCCUCUGCUCCUCUGUCCUCCUCUCCUUCUCCUCCUCCUCCUGCUGUGAUAAGGAUGCUUGUGGUUUUUCAUGGUCACACUCUCCAGGAUUAGUGUGAGCUGAAGAAACGGACCAUGUAACCAGACCAGAGAUGUUCAUACAGUGUGGCUAUUCAGCUGUGACCUUUGACCUCUGAUUUGACCCCGAGUUUGACCUCACAACGUUUAAACACUCUUCUGAUGUGUUAAGCAACUUUACUGAACAGUUUGAUGGAGAGCUGGUCGGAUGACAGCUGGAACUGUUGUCAUUACCGGAGGAAUACUGGCCACAGUGAUACUGCUGUGUAUCAUCGCUGUGCUCUGUUACUGUAGACUCCAGUACUACUGCUGUAAGAAGAAUGGGUCUGACAGCGCCUCCAUCUCUCAGCAACACUUUGCCUGCAACGCCUGCAGUGUCUCCGGCCUGGACGGCCCGAACAUCACCCCGCUGUCCAUGUCUCCGCCGGAGCUUCCCUUAUCCUCCUCAGACCUCACCAAACCCACAGAGGGGCGGCGGCGUUACUGCCCCACCUGCUCCCCCUAUGACUCACCUUUCUACAUCCGCACCACAGAUGAGAUGCGCAACGGUGGCGAGCGCAUCACCUACAUGCCCACACACUAUGACAACCAGGCGCUGUCGAUGCCGCUGCCCGCUGUCCGAGGCACCCUGCUGAGGGACGCCCACCGAGGGAGACCGCCUGAUUUCUACACCAACACCCGAGCCAUCAGCACCGAGGUGUGAGCCCUCGACACCACCCUUACACACGGACUCACUCCUCUCUUCACUUACACACACACUUAAGUCAAUUUGAAACCUCCUGCAGGAGCCGGUGAUGGUUGUGGAGGUCACAUGAUCACAUUUAUUACAGUUUUGUGGAUUUAAAUGAACAAUCCAUGAGACAAACAAACAGAUAAACCUGAGUCUUCACUUUAUACCAUUAGCAUUUGUUUGCUUAGAUAGUCAUUGUGUAAGUGAGGGUAGAUCAAAGUGUAGAAAACAUCUAUUUUAAGGCCCAUCAUAAAGGGUGUGGUUACAAUCUGUUGACUGUUACUGUGUCUUUCCUGACUGAGGGCUAUCUUAGGUCGUCUAUGAUCCUUCACACCUUCCUGAUGAAGACAAUAAAGGAUGUAUUAGAAUAAAGCAAUGACAGGAUUCAUGGAGACUUACAUAUGUUUGAUAAGAAAAAGGAGGAUUAGUAAAAAGCCUUUGCAGCUUUCAGAUCUCUGAGCAUGUCUCAGUUACAGGGAUGGUGGAGGAGGCGGAGGGUCGACUGGAGCUUUUUCUAUGCAAACUUCUGCAGCUCUUCACGUCCAGUCAUCACCUUUCUGCCGUUCUCGUCCCAUCAUGUAACUUUAACAUAUGAAAUAUUAAGAAACAUGCGCAUUUAAAGCCGGAUAGCUCAUACGAAAAGGUCGAACUCAUCCUCCACUUGAUCAGCCGAGGGGUACCGCCUGUGAAAAAUCAAGGGCACUUCCUGCAGCCCUUGAACGCAACAUCUGUACUCUUGAAGUGAAGUGAAGAUUUUUUUCUUUUGACAUCGAUGCAAAAAGUUUGAUAUGUAAAUAUAACCGGACCGUGUUGUGGAAGAGAUGCACCCUGGGAUGUGAACAUGAUGUACUUUGAAUGUGUGAUUUACUAGUUUGUGCUAUUUUGUCCACACACUCCUCCUAUACUCCUGAACUACUCACACGUUGCAUUCUUUCUUUUGGAUCUUUGUUCAUACUGUAAUGAACUAAGACCACAGUUAUGUGAUGAAGACCUUUUCACAGAGCCCCCCCCCCCUUUUUCUACAUGACACUUGUGCAGCAUUGCUUACCGUAAAUGAUAAUACUCUGUGAUGUGGAUCAUUACAUUUGUGUGUGCAGCAGGAUUCACUGAGGCUGAACAGGCAAUGCAAGAAACCUUACCUGGUUUGAUAAGGUUGAAAUGCAGUCCUCUGUCUCUUACAGGACUUCAAACUGAUAUUAACAUCAUCAAUCAGAAGCUGCUCCUUUGAUUUAUCAAUUUCUUUACAUUAACUGCACCAUAACACUGAAGUCCUGAAAGUUCUCCUCACCAUAGUUAUAGGUUUUCUCUGUAUUUACUCAAAAGGGCAAAAAAAAUAAACAGAGGACGUGUGAAAUGAAAGUUUGACACUUUUAAUUUGGGGUGAAAUCUGGACACGGAAAUCUGAAGUCUCUGAAGAGGAUUCAUUGAAUCCCUGUUGUUGUCCACUACCACAGAUAGUGACUCAUUGAUCCGUCAUCGUUCAUUUAUUUAGGUAUUGUAUUAUCUAUAUAUUUUACUACUUACCUAACUAGUUAUCUUUGAAAACAGAAACAGGCUUUUUAGAACUGUGUUAAAAACAAAUAUUGUACCUGGUAAAUACAGAAACAGUAAUAUUUGACAGUGUUAACUUUUGACAAUUAAAGAUUUGUAACUGCUUGAAA